AGCUUCAGUGGCUUGUCCUCUGAUUUCCGAGAGGUUUAUGCAAUAUUUAACUAUUUAAAACAUUUAUGAGAUAGCGACUACGUUACUAAACAUGCACAUGUUUGGUGAAUACAUUCUACUAGAGAAAUGCCUACUAGUACUAGAGCCUAGCUGCCUAAUAGUUGAAUAAGCGACUGUUUUCGGCGUGCCAAAUCUUGAGUUGAGAUUGUCAGUCAAAGUUUGAUUGUUAGUCAAGUUGAGAUUGUCUCUUGAGUCUUAAGUCUUGUUGAGUCAGUCAAGUUGAGGCAGUCAAGUUGAGUCAGUCAAGUUGAGGCAGUCAAGUUGAGUCUUGUUGAGGUUGUCAGUCAAGUUAAGAUUGUCAGUCAAAUUUGGAAAUCCGCACUUUGGGCAGCACGAUCUCAGGAUUGCUUGCGCAAAUUCCAAGUUUGGGUACAACAGAGCCACGGAUCAACGUGCGAGAACCCGGCAACUUUGUAACUAGUUAUUUUGAUUCUACUUCAAUCAACAUCAACGACAACAUUUAGGGACGGGUUAGAUUAUGGAAUCUGUAGACUGUAAUCAUAAAAUUAUAACCAAAGGCAAAGGAUAAUCAUACACUCGAUUGAAAGGAUGGCAGAAACGGACUCAUUCACCAAGGCUUGCUUUGCAUUCAAAGGAAGCAAACGGAAAGAAAAGACAAGUAUUGAUACAUAUGGAUUUACAGAUAAAGGGGGAAAGGUCAGAUACUCCACAUACUCUCAUCUGUGGCAGAACAUGGAUGAGCGUAUUAAGGCAACGCAGGCAAAGUUAUAUGCCACCGUGUUUGACGAUCUGCUCGCCUACAUCAAACUGUCGCACAAAGACUUCUGUCCUUCUACCGAGUCUAAAACACUGAGGACUAAGAGAAAAGAGAUUCCCACAACAGCACUCGUCAUGGGUGUGAACAUGCCAGACCAUGAGACGACGGUCACCACGCUGACCGCUCUCGUCAGGCGGAGCGUGACGCCGCACGUCGCCACGCUCGCGUCGAAGGAUUGUCCCAGCAUGAAAGCCAUCAUGACGAAAACCCUGCAGCAAGUCGUCGCGAACGCCGAAGCCUUGGAAGACGACGACGACGUUGAUGUUAGCCUGAGGAAGACAGGCUGCAGCAUGUCUGUGCUGGCGUCCUGGUACACCGACAUCACAUCGAGAAAAAGGUCGCCACAGGGUUCGCCGCGUAAGAGAAAGGCAGACGGCCAGCUAAGAAGACUGUUCCCGCCAGUCGUUGUCAUACUCGAGGACCUGGAGGGAUUUUCGGCGCCGGUACUUCAAGAUUUUGUCGCGUUAUGCAGCCACUACCUGGACCGGAUCCCCCUGGUGCUCGUGUUUGGAAUCGCGACCGCUGUCACCGCCAUUCACCAGAUUCUUCCGCACGCCGUCUCGUCUCUGCUCUCCAUCGAGAAAUUCCAGUCGCAGUCCUCCUCGGACUACCUCACGCACGUGCUCGACCAGGUGUUGCUUACGAACGAGUUUCCCUUCAAGCUUGGCUCCAGGGUGUUUUACUUGCUGCUGGACAUCUUUCUGUACCACGACUUCUCAGUGAAAACCUUUAUCCAGGGCUUGAAGUUCUGCAUGAUGGAGCACUUCCGCGUCACCGCCGUCAGCCAUCUAUGCUGCGGCGCGGGGCAGGUGGCGCCGCGGGUCGCCGGCCUCGGCCACGCGGAGCUCGAAAGACUGCGACAGCUGCCGUCCUGCAUGAAGUACGUCGAGAGCCAGCCGGUCGAUCGUAGAAAACCGUUGCUGCUAGACGACACCCACUUCAAGGAGGUGGUCACACAGCUCUUGGUUGACAUUGACAGCUAUCAUCAGCAUGUAUUUCCUCUUCUUCACUGCCUGCAUAGUAUCAGUAAAGACCUGCCAAGACAUCCACUCGGAAAGCAGCUGCGUGAAAUCUAUGGCCAGCUUCUUACAGGGGACAUAAGCUCUACUGAGGCUUACAAGAAUUCAUUUUCUUUCUUGCGGGUGAUGUCACGUGAGAGUCUGGUAGAGCUGCUGCAGAAGUGUGCGUCCCAGCUCGAGGGCUUCUCUAUUUUCGACGGCGUUGUGAAGACACUGCGUGACUUUACAGCAAAGUUCAAUGACAUAGAGAACUUCACUGCCUUGAAACAAAAGGUCAACCGAUCGCCGAAGAAAGGGGGAUCAUCGAACGAGAGGAGACAAUCAGAUGGCCUGAUUCCGCAGGAAAAAGAAGUGACAGUGUUUGAGAGCCUGCGAUCAGAUGCUCUGCAGUACCUAGAUGAUUUAUUCAGUGAGCAUCUCGUCUGUCAUAAAAAUCUGCCGCUGCACGAGAUCUUCUAUUUCGACGCUCUAUCUGCCGUCAAGCGCCAUCUAGUGGGAACACCAAGAGCUGCUAUACAGACUGCGCUCAGUACGCCCCAUUAUUACCUACAGUGCUCCUGCUGUGAGGCAGAAAAGGAAGCCAUACUUGGCAGCAUGCCAGAUAUCUGCGUCGCCUACAAGCUACACCUGGAGUGCGGAAAACUCAUCAACCUGUAUGACUGGCUGCAGGCGUUUGUCACGAUCGUGGAUCCGGCCUCCGUUGACGACGACGACGACGACUCGACCGGCAACGACCCGAAUGAACUCAUGCACGCACGAUUCAUCAGGGCCGUCUCGGAACUCCAGUUCCUCGGCUUUGUCAAACCGACCAAGCGCAAGACGGACCACGUUGCUAGACUCACGUGGGGUGGUUGUUAGGCUUGCGUCGCAGAUGCGAUUGUGUGUGCAUGUGUGUGUGGGGGGGGGCUAAUAAUUUAAUGCGAAAACGUUCCCCAUAGUUCGUUGUUCACAACCGCGAUGACCGAAUGGAGAAUAAUCUGAUGUUUUUUCUUCUUUAUUUUUGUACGACUGCAACCUUUGUAGAUUUAACAGAAACUACGUAUAAACCAUUGCUAUAGUUAUGCAUAUACUAUCCUGGUAUAGGGUCUAGUUAAUCCUAUAACUAACUAUGCAGCUAUGUCACGCAAUGGCAUAUUUCAUGUGGGAAGACCCUAGUGCUUUGUCAACCAUAUGAAGACCAAGUAGAAUUUUUGUACGAAUAUAGAUCAUGUAUAUAAUAUAGAAUAUUUAUGGCCACAGCCUGAUCACUUUUUCAGAAAUUACCAUGAUGUUAUUAAAAAAACAUUUUC